AUGUCCGAUAAGAAGGUAUUCAUUCUGAGUGGUGCUCGUACACCAAUCGCUUCUUUCCGAGGAUCAUUUGCGAACUUCGGAGCAGUUGAGCUUGGAACAGUAGCUGCAAAAUCUGCCAUUGAACGAUCAGGAAUUGCCCCGGAGAAGAUCGAAGAAGUCAUCGGUGGUUGUGUUCUUCCAGCUGGUCUCGGCCAAAACGUUACUCGCCAAAUCGCUUUGUCGGCUGGGCUUCCAGUUACAACUCAAGCCGUAACUGUCAACAAAGUAUGCUCCUCCUCGAUGAAAGCGCUUGUCACGGCUGCCGUGGAGAUCAAGGCUGGAUAUUACGAUACCAUUCUUGUGGUUGGAACCGAGAACAUGAGUCAAGUGCCUUUCUAUCUUCCGCGUGGUGAGAUUCCAUACGGAGGCAUCAAAACAACUGACGGCAUUGCCAAAGAUGGACUUGAAGACAUCAAAGAAAGAGGACCAAUGGGAUUAUGUGCUGAGAAAACCGUCAAGGAUUAUGGAAUAACAAGAGAGGAGCAGGACGCGUAUGCCAUUGAAAGCUACAAAAAGGCUUCAAACGCAUGGAGUUCUGGAAAGUUUUCGGAAGAAGUUAUUCCGGUUGUUGUUAAAACCGCACGUUUGGAAAUUGUGGUUUCCGAAGAUGAAGAAUACAAAAAAUUGAUAGAAUCAAAGGUAUCUUCUCUGAAGCCAGUGUUCAUUCGCGACGGAUCAGGAACCAUCACCCCAGCAAACGCCUCCUCGCUGAAUGACGGAGCUGUUGCAGCAGUUGUUGUUGGAGAAAAUCAACUACCAUCUGGAGCCAAGCCAUUAGCUGAACUUGUUGCUUUCGCCGAAGCUGGAAGAGCUCCAAUAGAUUUCACCGUUGCUCCCGUGGAUGCCGUUCGAGCACUUCUGAAAAAGAGUGGACUACAAGUUUCCGAUAUUUCUUUGUGGGAGUUGAACGAGGCUUUCGCCGUCACUGUUCUCGCUUUCAUCAAGGAACUCAAUAUCGAUCCCAGUGUUGUAAAUGUUAAGGGUGGAGCAGUUGCUAUUGGACAUCCAUUGGGAAUGUCCGGUCUGCGAAUCGUCAACUCUCUGGCCUAUUCACUUGCUCCAGGACAACUCGGAGUCGCUGCAAUCUGCAAUGGAGGUGGAGAAGCGACUGCUGUCCUCAUCAAGAAAUUAUGA